UCUUCUUCUUCAAACACAAAUCCACGUAAACACAAUAACAAAAAUGACUCUUGGCUUUGAUGAUGAACUUCCCACCGAUGUCUACGAAUUCAAUGAGAUUCGCCAAAACUUGGUCUACCAGAAGUCGGGUAUUGCUUCUAUCCUCAAGCCUGCCCCAGUUGUCCAAAACUUGCCCUCUUUUGAUGCCGAGGGAAAGCCUUGCUUUAAGCCAUAUGUUGGAAGUGGAAAGCUUGAAGGAAAAUACGCGCUGAUUACUGGUGCUGACAGUGGUAUCGGUAGAUCUAUCGCCACCCUAUAUGCCCUCGAAGGUGUUGCAGGUAUCACUAUUGUCUACCGUGAUGAAGAAGAAGACGCAGAUGCCACGUACACCAAGAACACCAUCGAGGCUCAAUCCAAAUGUGUCAUCAAUCUUAUUGCACGCGAUGUUGGUUAUGAGAAAAACUGCCAGGAGAUUCUCGACUCCCAUUUGGCCGCUUUUGGCCGUAUUGAUAUUCUUGUUAACAAUGCCGCAGAGCAGCACAAGGUUGUUCGUGUUGAGGAUUUGGUAGCCAGUACUGUUGAGAGAACCUUCCGCACUAAUGUGUUUGGUCCUAUCUUUAUGACAAAGCUUGUGUGCAACCAUCUUGUUGCUGGUGGCGUUGUCCUUAACACUGCGUCUAUUGCUGCUUAUCGUGGAAUGGAUGUCUUGGUUGACUACUCUGCUACAAAGGGUGCUAUUGUCUCCUUCACCCGUGCACUCUCCCAGCAGCUUGCUCCCCGUCGCAUUCGUGUCAAUGCUGUUGCUCCCGGACCUGUCUGGACUCCUUUGAUUGCAAACACGUUUUCUCAGGAAGAGAUUAAAAACUUUGGUUCCUUCCCUCCUUUCAAGCGUCCUGCCCAGCCUGCUGAAAUUGCUGCUGCGUUUGUCUUCCUUGCUUCUGAUUCUGCUUCCUUUAUUACCGGUCAGGUUAUCCACCCCAAUGGUGGUACUGUCGUUAAUGCCUAAACACCAUAUCAUUUCUUUUCCUUUCUUUUUCGGGCUAGUGUUUAUACUUCCAUUGUACUUUAUAGGAACGUAUUGAAAAUUGCUUCAAAUGCUCUCAUAAAUUCUCCAAAAAUAAAUAAAUUCAUCGUGACAGUUCC